GUUGACUGGUAAAGUGAGGCGCAAGAGUCGAAGUAAGCCAGUACAACACGCGGUCACCGCGGAGUAGCGCGCUUACAGCCGAAUUUAAAAUUGGAAUUUGCACAGUGUUCAACGUUCUUCAAUGAAAAACCGUGAGAAUUGAAAACGAACUUCGAUAAUAGUGAACAGUGAACUUUCGAUAUCAGUUGAUGUGUCUGAUGAACUGUGUCGUUAACGCAUUGGAAUGGAUAUUAACCAGUGACUACUAGAUUGUGAAUGUUAAUCUACGGAAAUGAAUAAUCAAGAAACGCAACACUGCGACUUUGACUGUUAACAUGCUUACGCUCUGGCGAUCACUACCAUCCAAGAAAGUAAUGUGCAAGAGCAACCCGCCAGACCAAAGGAUAUAAUCACACUAAGAACCUGAACCAAGAGACAAUGGCUAUUCACGUGCUCCUAGCUUCAAGUGCCUUGAAGACAGUCAGUGUCACGGGACUAUGGCUCAUACCCUUACUCUUGGGAGCAUUCACGUAUAACAAUUACAACUCCUACGACCCUGAAGCCAAGGUGCAGGAAACGGACCCAAAGAAAGAAUAUGACUUCGUCGUUGUUGGAGGCGGAUCAGCUGGUGCUGUGUUAGCAAACCGAUUGACUGAAAUUGCAAGCUGGAAUGUUCUACUGUUAGAAUCUGGUCCAGAUGAGAACGAGAUAACUGACGUGCCAUCUCUAGCUGGCUACCUCCAGCUGACGAAGGUUGACUGGCAGUACAAGACAGAGCCAUCAAACUAUGCUUGUCUUGGAUUUAAGAACCGAAGGUGUAGUUGGCCCCGUGGCAAGGUCUUGGGUGGUUCCAGCGUUCUAAACUACAUGAUCUACGUUAGAGGCAAUCGGAACGAUUAUGAUCAAUGGGAAUCGUUUGGGAAUCCAGGCUGGUCUUAUAAAGACGUUCUUCCCUAUUUCAUUAAAUCUGAAGACAAUAGGAACCCUUAUUUAGCAAAUAAUAAAUAUCACGGAGUUGGCGGAUAUCUAACAGUUCAAGAAGCACCCUGGAGGACCCCUCUGGCAGCCGCUUUUGUCGAAGGAGGAGUUGAAAUAGGUUAUGAAAAUCGUGACAUUAAUGGAGAAAUUCAAACCGGUUUCAUGCUAGCUCAAGGAACAAUAAGACGGGGAUCUAGAUGUAGUACAGCAAAAGCAUAUCUGAGACCAGUCAGAACGAGACCUAAUCUUGACAUAUCCUUAAAUACAAUGGCAACGCGAGUCUUAAUUAAUCCUAUAACCUUAAAAGCCUAUGGCGUCGAAUACAUCAAAAAUGGUAUGAAGCAUGUCGUCUAUGCAAGAAAAGAAGUCAUCGUAUCAGCGGGCAGUAUUAAUACACCACAACUACUCAUGUUGUCUGGCAUCGGACCCGCACAUCACUUGCGGCACGUGGGUAUUCCAGUAUUAAAAGAUUUACCAGUUGGUGAAAACCUUCACGAUCAUGUGGGCGUUGGUGGCGUGACGUUUCUAGUCGAUAAACCUGUAUCAAUUAUUCAAAACCGAUUCCAGGCAUUUCCAGUUACAAUGAAUUACGUAGUGAAUGAAAGGGGACCAAUGACGGUACUCGGGGGUUUAGAAGGUAUUGCUUUUGUCAAUACAAAAUACGCCAACAAAUCUGGUUUAUGGCCCGACAUACAGUUCCAUAUGGCACCGGCUAGCUUCGCUUCAGAUAAUGGUCAAACUAUACGAAAGAUUCUAGGUUUAACCGAUGAGUUGUACAAUACAGUAUUUAAGCCUAUUCAAAAUGUUGACGCCUGGACGAUCAUGCCGCUAUUGCUACAUCCAAAAACUCGAGGAUACGUGCGAUUGAGAAGUUCAAACCCUUUCGAACACCCAAUAAUCAAUCCAAGAUACCAUGAGAACCAAUACGAUGUAGAUAGGCUUGUCGAAGGAGUAAAAAUAGCUUUGCAAGUAGCAAACGGCAAAGCCUUUAAACAAUUUGGGUCGAGAUUGCAUACAAUCCCGAUCCCAAAUUGUAAACAUUUUAUAUUUAUGUCAGACGAAUACAUCGAUUGCUUAGCUAGAUCGAUAAGUAUGACAAUUUACCAUCCCGUUGGAACAGCAAAGAUGGGACCAUCUUGGGAUCCUGGUGCAGUUGUAGAUCCUCGAUUAAGGGUGCAUGGAAUAGAAGGUCUCAGGGUUAUAGAUGCUAGUAUAAUGCCAGCUAUUGUCAGUGGAAAUACGAAUGCUGCAGUAGUGAUGAUCGCAGAAAAGGGUUCUGAUAUGAUCAAACAGGAUUGGUUAAAUCGGUGACAUUAGAUUGUCAACACAAACUGAUAGAACAUAAUAAAUUGCCAAUUUUAUAUAUAUGAAAGAAAUACUAAUAAUAUAAUGGAUGAACUUCUAUAUAUGAUAAAACUCCCUUCUCUUUUUGCUUAACACUCGAGAAGAAUGUUUUAUAGGUAUUUUUAAUACAUAAUAUAUUAGUUAAGUAACUGGCGAUUUGUUACCAGAUGUAAACCAAAGUACCUAGACGUAAAAUUAAACCGUUAUUAAUAAGAGAUUUAGAAUAAUAUACUUUAUACAGUCAGUAAUUUUAAUUAAGUAUAUGAUGUACAUAAAUGUUAUAUUAGUGUUAAAAAUAUUUUAUGCUUACGCACAGUUUGUUUACAAUGCCAUCUACAAUUCCACAAUUACAAUUUAAGUAUCAACAUAGUGCUGCCAAUAAAAACGAGAUGGCGUUGUUUUUAAUAAUUUGUACUAACGUCUUGUGAAUGAGUGCAUUCCUUGUAAACAAAUCAGUUUUUUAAUAGACCAAGAAAUAAUAAGGAAUACUUAUGAUAUCAUUUGUUCUUAGUAGUAAUGAUUGGAUAAUAUGCAUAUUUGCAACCAUAUAAAGGAAGUUUUGAUCAUUAUUGUAGAAACCAUAAAGAACAAAUUAUAAUACAUUUCAUCAUGACUUUGUCUUAUUCAUAUCAGCAUCAAGUUUCAAGUUAAGUUCCCUCUUCUAAAAUAGUGUAAAUAGUUUUAAAAAAAAAUCGCUACUCACUACAAUUAUAAAGAGUAUCACUAUAGGAGUAUAUUUUAUAUAAUCAUCACGUCUAGUUGAUAUCCUAUCGCUGCUAAAAUACAGGCAGAAAACUUUAGAAAUUACUUUUAUGUCACAGGACUUAUUAAUAAAAAGUACAGAAGUCACGCUAGUGUAAGAAAUUUAUAUUCAAGCGAUAGAAGAAAUUUUAUUCUAAAGAUUAUUCUGUCAAGAACUUCGUUCGAAAAUCUAGACAAAAAUAAGUAUUUUUUUUACAUAAUUAGCAAGGAAGCACUAUUAGUCGGAAUUAUUAAUCCCUUAAAACUUAAUAAUCGACGACAAUGCACUAUUAUUUUAUUUUUAAUUAAAACAAUUUGUCAAAUCUAAAAAUAUGAGAUUGCAUUCACCAGUGUGCCAUAAUAUACAUUUUUUCUACAACAACAACUUCACAGCAUAACAAUAUAUGACGU